GCGUGGGAAAAGUCAGUAGAUUUUCCAUGAAUAGACAGCGGUGCUUUGAUACAUGUCCCGUGUUUCCCAGCCUCAUUCGGCUGAACGUAUAAGAGACCCUCAGCAUCAGGCCUGCAGCAAUUCAACUUUGAAACUCGUUGCAGUUAGGAACUUGAAAGUUUAUCAGUGGUGAUAUGAUGUCUGUUUCGGUGAUUUUUGUGAUAUCAACAGUAGCUCUGACGUACGGACCUACGUUAAUCUCUGCUUGUGAUGGAUACACGUACACGGAGGAUUACUUACGACCCAAGGAGGGGAACGAGAUGAUCCUGAGCGAACAUAAACCUCCGAUCCUCACCGACAAGUGCACUUUCAAACUGCACGGCUGCAUGGAAGUUCCACACGAGAUCAAAGGUCCCAUUCAGGUUGACUGGAACAUCACGAAGGAUGGAAAUCAGCAGCUAGUCGGCCACGAAGAUGACAUGUGCGAAGGAUUUAACCGGAUGUCGGAUGAUGACAAAACAUUUAUUCAAACUUUAGGUGUUCCUCUCGAGUGUCCCAUCCCGAAGGGUAAAGUCUGCAAGAAAGACGAGGAGGUGAGUAUUGCUCACCACAGAGGGAGUCUACCCAUGAUGGAAGGAACAGCUGCCGGUCAGAUCAAAAUCACCACCGCCACAGGGAGCAGUACCUUCGAAUUCUCUGGCAAAAUGACCAAGGCCUCCAUGAAGUGACACUUCACAGCAACAGUGCUCUAGCGCUCCAGCAAUUAAGACACUUCGUCAGAUCCAAUAUAUCGUCGUAGCUGAAUGUUCAUACACAUUAGAUUGCAAAGACAUGAAAAAUAAAAAGGCUUAAGCUGUUGGGGGAAAA